AUGUUCUGCUCUUCGACUUACUGCCCGUUCCUCUUGUUUAGUCUCAUUUACCAUAUAAGUGCUGUUACGCUUAACUCCACCUCAGCGACAAGACUUUACUUCGACACAGACAUACCUGAGACACAACAGUUUCUGACACGUCUAGGUGGUGUCGACGGAUCUCUCCCGGCAGUCACUACCGCCUCAUCUUCAAUCACCAAGUGCGAGACGGUGACUAUCAACAAGAUGCACCAGUUCUUGCAGGGCAAACCACAUGUUCGUGGAUUAGCACACCUGAUCUUCUACUGCAUUGCCACGGUCACUGACAUCCUUGGUGAGUAUGGAUGGCAUUACAUCUCCUGCACCAAAGCUGGUUGCAACACCAAGCUUGGAAAAACUGAGACGUCUUUGUACUGUGUGGCGUGUAAGAAAGUCAACAACGUCGGCCUAAUCAGAUACCGGUUUGAGAUAUCAGUACGUGACAAGAACGACGAGGUUGCCACAUUCGUCUUUUCGACGCCGACGGUAGAAACAUUGCCGGGGCAAAUGCUGGAGAUAUCUUGGAAGACGCGCUCCAGAUCCAGCGCUACCCGUCAAACUUUCACUGUCUCCCGUAUUGUCCGUGACACAGAUGCAGCAGGGGAAGAGGCAGCGCCUGCAGAGUCCGGAGUCAUUCUCAUUGCCCCAGAAAUCCCUGCUGAACAUGAGUCGCCUGCAGUAGGGGAGACGAGCUUACCGGAUCCUAAAAGAGGCGUUGCAGAUCUGGAGGAGGCUACCGAGGAAGACUCUGGUGACAGGCAAAAAGAGAAGCGUCAGCUUCUUCAAGUCUAA